UUUCACCGUACUUCACCGUAUCUUGAUAAUAAAUCGCUGCUCUUUAUCACAAAUUUGAUUCGAUAGAUCUCAAGAGGAGAUCGCAAUGAAAAUUUUGAGCCCUCAACCAUCAGAAUCGGACCAGAAAUGGCUGCCAAGGAACAUUUUGAAGAUCAGACUAACACACUUACGGCACUGAAGAAGUGCAAGUGUCGCUCAGUUUGAGCUGGGCGGCAGGGUGUCACUGUCAGUCACAGUGUUACUAGUGGUAGUGCUAGUGCUAGCAGGGCAUUCACUCGACGGCGUGGAUAUGGCAGGGAAAGAUCUCGCUGCAGCAAUACUCUGCACUGCCGCACGCGUUCCAGGGUUGUUCUGCACGGCAUGUGUGCGCCCUUCCUUCUCCAGCACGUCGAUGCGCUGCUGGUAGUCUUGUCUCCUGCGAUGGCGCUGCAGGAUUCCCUGGUAGGUUUCCGCAGCAGUAAAUGAUCUCGCCUGCGACGUACCGGCUUGGAGUGCUUGGAGCUGCUUUCGUGCUGCGCUGAGACGUUCGGCAGUGACUGUUGAGGCGUAUUCACCCAUGGCAGCGGCGAUCUCAUGUGCCGUGGCAUCUACAAAACCCAGGUGUGGAAACGAAGAAAAGAUCAUUUGAUUGUGCCUAUUAUUUUUGAAGGCAAUCGUGGACACGUACGUGUGGAGAUUUGGCAAUCAAAUAUUGCAGAAUAAGUGCAAUGCUCAUCAUGUCACAUAAACAUUUGGAACUAUUCUGAUUCAGUGGCGAAAGUGGCUUACCUGUGAUCUUCUUCCGCUUUCCUGCUGAUGUUGACCGUGACUGCUUGCUGUAAAGAAUGUUCUCUACGAACAGGUGCGUAGCUUGCUUGCUCUGCUCAGAGUCAGACGCCGUCAAGUGGAUGCUAGCCAGGUUGAACUGACGCUCUGCCAUUACGUUGUUCACGGGUAACGCAAAUAUGUGCUUACAAAACCACGUCCACGUACACGGCUCUUUCUCGGCGUCGAUGGUGCUGGGUGAUGCCUUCUUCGCUAGAUCUCUGAUCUCCGCUGCCAUGCCAUCUGGCAUAGGCCAUUUCGCCAUCCAGUCCGUCAUGCCCGACACAUCGGCAGACACCAGCGCAAGCACCUCAAACUCUCGAAACCAAUGGCAUGAAGAGUCUUGGAGGAGAUGCUUUUGCCUGUCGAGCAAUCCGUUCUGGUGGCACACAGCAGCAAGAGUGAAUGGACACUUUAACGAUGUUGCUGCUGAAAGUAACUCUCUGUACAACGUGUUCCGGUCAAUGCCGUCUGGCAACCAUGGCAGUCCAUCAGUAUUACUGUCCACUGGCAGACCCCUCACCCUGAGCCAGGCUCUCCAGAAAAAAUGUCGAUAGCUGGAGUCGGCGCCCAUGGCAAACAGUAGCGGAAACUUGAACCACCGGGCUCCAUGCUUUUCCAAGCUGCCAAUGAUGGCCAAGGUCAAAGGCUUCAGGACGUGUUCCCGGUAGUGUUGACUUCGGUCAGGCAACAGAUCUGCCAGACUAGCGACAGUCAGUGGCAUGGCAAAGUCAGGGUCAAUGUUCAUGAGCUUUGCCAUGUGCAGAUCAUGGAGAACUUGAGCUGGCCACUUCCUCGCAAGGUAGCCGCUAGAGAAGCCGAGCUCAGUGUCUGGCAGCUGGCUUGCCCGCAACGCUGGAAUAAUCAGCCUGUCAAGCACUUCCAGCAAUGUAGUGCGUUCGGCUUUCAGGACUGGGCUCGCCGACAUCCGUAUGAUUUCCUCCCAUAUGCCAUAAUGAACGUCGCUCUUCGGCAGGAACUCCAGAAUGCGUUUUCCCAGCUUCAAGCACGCAUCCCCGUAUUUCGUGCACCAUUGCAAGUUCUCGUGGAUGUACGUCCAGCGUGUCUCCACGAAUUCUUGAGACAUUUUAUUUCCAGGCGUUGCUGCUCGAUCUUCAUUUCUUGCAUCUCGCACUUCUUCUCCAUAGCUGCGAGCCGUUUCUCUAAGGAAAUGGUCUCUUUGCUGCUGGCGACCGUUGUCUCUGUGGCUGCCGACGAUCUGGCGUCCUCUAUUGGGCCAUCUACGGGCAUGUAUUUUGUUGACUCGCCCACAGUUGCUACUACACUUCUGGCAACUGAGCUGGUAGGACUGGAGACUGAGCAAGCAGGACGCGAGACUGGGCUGACAGAACAUGAGACUGAGCUUGCAGGACUGGAGACUGAGCAAGCAGGACGCGAGACUGGGCUGGCAGGACAUGAGACUGAGCAAGCAGGACUGGAGACUUCUUGACUGUCCUGCACUGGUGGUAGAAACUCUUCAGGUGUUCUCUGCGGAGAGAUGUCAAAAAGGGGAUAUAAAAUCUUAUAAGAUUUGCUUGAAAAGUAUCAGAACUGUUGUUACUUUGAAACGGACUCUGGAAUUCACCAUAGGAUGUUAUUGAAUUAAUAUUUGAGAGUACACACAAUUCCUUUCCUGUUUUGUUUAAAUCGAUGUCAUCGUUAAUGCUGGAUGUAUUGUAUUUUUUCAUCUGCUUCUGAAUGAUCAUUCCCAGUGCCUGUCCAAUUAAAUUAUUUAGGUUAGUGUUCAAGUCACAGUAUUGUUUGGUCAGUUUUGCUGGAUAGUACGCCAAGGCUACAUGUAGAAACCAUUCUACAGAAACAAUGAUUGGUAUAGAGCUUGUUUCCAGGCAUACGU